AUGUCUUUUGUUAAAAAAUCUAUAAAGCGUUUAGAAGGUCUUAAAGACUCAUUAAAAGCACUUUCAUUUACUAAACAAAAGGGAAAGAACAUAAAUGAGGUUAAAAGAGACGUACAAAUUUGUAUUAACAAUUUAGAUUUGGAAGAUCCAAACUUUAAAGUUUUCUAUUUUGAGUUUAUAAAAAGGUGUAUGAAGAAAGUAGAUCAAGACACAAAUAGAAAUGUUGUUUCAAUGCUACAGAAGUAUUACAAUAGCGAGAUAAAAAAUGCCUUACAAUUACACAACGAGUCUGAAGACUAUGAAUAA